GUGUACAGUUCUAAGUGUAUCUCAUCGUCGUCAGUCAUCGUCGUCAGUCAUCGCCGGUCUCCACUUCUCUUCCGUUGGCCCCGGCCUAAUGUUACUCCACCGUAUACUCCUCCGGCCCACGCCUCUUCCCUGUUUCCCUCUCUUGCAAAAAUCGGUUACCCUCGAGAAAACGACAUCGCUCUCCACCACUUCCAUGUCCUCCUUCCCAACUCUCUCACCUCGCUUCCUUCCGUUCUCUCGUUCAUGGUUCUGCGCUCGAUUUUGCUCCGAAGGUCUCCUAGAAGUGCCGAAAGACGUGGAAAGCAGCAGCCCGUACGAUGACGAAAUUGAGAGUGAGGAUGGAGAUAUUGGAGCUGAAACAUCACAAGUAGCAUUGGAUUCUGCAAGGGGUCUAGACAGGGUUUUGGAGGCGGGAACGGAUAAAGAACUGAAGCGUAAUGCAAGUGCUAAAUUGCCGAAUUUGAGUGUGAAAGAGAAGAAAGAAUUGGCUUCCUAUGCGCAGAGUCUUGGGAAAAAGCUCAAAUCUCAGCAGGUGGGGAAGUCUGGGGUUUCUCAUACCGUUGUCAUGGCUCUAAUUGAAACACUUGAAGCCAAUGAGCUUCUCAAGCUCAAAAUACAUAACACCUGUCCUGGGGAGCUAGAUGAAGUUGUGCAGCAAAUAGAGGAGGGUACUGGAUCAGUGGUUGUUGGUCGGAUUGGUAGGACUGCGAUCCUCUACAGGCCUAGCCCAACCAAAUUGAAGGUGGAAGAGAAGAAGAAACGGUCUCGUAGCAGACUUCUUGUGAAGAAGCAACCAACUCUGAGACAAAUCCAGAACAAAAGUCAACGACCAAGACAAUCCACUCGUGGCCGCCGAGGAAGUGGCAGAGCUUCAGGUUAGAAUUUUACUUCUGCUAAACUUCGUUUGAAGCCGCCGGAGAAUUAGUACCGUGAGUGGGCUGGGAAAACACAACUCAUAUUACUUGUCCGAAGAGAUUGUGCCGUAACACUACUACUACGUUACUAUAUAGGCUUAGUGCAUUAUUCAUUCAGCUGAUAAAAUUCAUACAUGCGAUUCUGGAAGUUCUCUUGUUGACUUUUAAAGAAUUUUGAGCUUUAGAUUGAGCUGUCAGCAUUUUAUGAAAGCCUGUUAUACUAA